AUGUCCACCUCCCCGCCCAAGCACGAAAUGGUCUACUUUGACUCCCUAACCUCCAAAGUACGCGCUUUCGGCCAAUUCAGAAAAGUCAUCCACACGGGACUUUAUUCGCAGUUGGUCACCAUGGAAAUUCCCGUCGGAGGCGACAUUGGCAAUGAAGUGCAUUUGGUAGACCAAGUGUUGAUUUUCACAAGCGGCACUGGCAAAGCUGUUGUUGCCGGCAAAGAACAGAGGUAUAACNAGGAUAUCAAAGCUAGUGAUGUGGUUGUCGUUCCUGCGGGAACGGAACAUCAGUUUUACAAUACGAGCAAGGAUCAGCCUUUGGAGUUGGUUACGGUGUACAGUCCUGCCGAGCACGAUAGCAGGACUGUGCACAAGACUCNNAAGGAGGAAGGCGAUGAAGAGNAGGAUGCUGGCAAGGACGAGGCGCCAGAGUGGAGCAGACAGAGCAAGGAUGCUAAUGAGAAGAAGGGCCUUGUCAAGGAGGAGGGCGGCCCCUAUGAGAAUGGCGACGAUGGUCGUCAUGGCCGUAAGGUCGAGUAG